AUGCAUUCAGCCCCUGUAGUAGCUAUCGGCGUGAAACUUUCCACAAUGCUUCCUGAGACCCAGAGGAAGGUCGACAUCUACUUUGUUCCGAGAACAAAUGAACCAGACGUUUGCUACAGUUUGGUUGGAAUGAAGCAUGGUAUACCAGCUUUGGAGGAAAUGUGUAGUUAUUAUCGAAAUCAAUACAGAUAUAGAAAACAAGUCGUCUAUCGAGGCCAAAAUCUACUUCUUAUUAUACUUGAACAGCUAAGAAAAAGCGUUGCAACUCAAUUAUACAAGUGUUCUAUACGAGAUGACGAUCAAUGA